GUCGCGACCCUGGCCUCGCCGUGCACUGGCGCCAUGCUGCUGAACGUCAACCUGCCGGAGACGCGCGGCUCCGUGAUGGCCAUGUAUUCUGUCUUGGACGAUCUCUCCAAGGGUUUCGGCACCCUGUUCGUCUCCAUGAUCGUGAGACUCUGCGGCGGCCGCGCCGUGGCCUACCAGAUCUCCCUGCUGCUGUGGGUCGGCACCG